AUGCUUCAUCCCUCUCGCCAAAAACAACAACAACUAAAGCAGAAUGCAUUGUGUAAAGCCGUUGAAAGCAAUAGGAUGAAUGCAAACUAUCAAAAAGAUUUCGACCAAAUACAACGCAACUGUUUAGAGCAUUGGAAAAAGAAAUCUGCAGAGCAAUUGAAUCGUGAACAACAAAUGGAAGAGCAACAAAUCGCCCUGAAACGAGAAGCCGAACGACGAACAUUGUUGCUUGAGGAGCAGGAAAAGACUCAGCAAUUGCAAGAAGCAACACGUUUAAAGAUUAAUGAAGAAAAACUCCGACAGCAACUUCGUGAAUCGAACCAAGAAAUGCGUCUACUUGAGUCAAAACUAAGAGCAGCAUAUGUUGCCAAAGGUAUCGCUGCUCAAAUAGCAGAAGCGGAACUUCGAAAGAAACAUGAACGGUUGCAGGCGCUAAAAGAGAUGGAAGUGUUUGAUAAACUGAAGCACGAAAAUGCUGAAUACAUGAAGCAAAAACAGGCAAUCGAAGAAAACGAAAAACGAAAGCUUCGUUCCGUGCUACAGCAGCAAAUGGACGAUACGCGUCUAGUGAAAAAAUGCCUAUAUGAAGAGUUCCUUACUGAGAAAAUUUAUCUGGAUGCAGUAGUGAAAAAAAUACAUGACGAGCAUUUGGAAGCGAUUCAACGUAAGAUGGAACAGCAAAAAUGUACACGCCAGGAAAUGGAGUAUUUCCAAGAAGCUAAACAAACGUGGAAAGCUCGACAAAUGUUUUUGGACGAGGAGGAAAAUGUACGCAUAAGAAAGUAUGGCCAUGAAAAGGAUCUGUUGAAGCAGAAGAAACAGAAAGAAAAGCAGGAAACCGAUCGAAAACGAGAAGAGCUUAACAUAGCUAUGAUCGCAAGCUUGGAAAAGGGAAUUACUGAUCAAAGGAAUCGUGAAGAUAUGCUUCAAGAGCUGUACAUAGCUGAACGGAAUGAAAAGGAAGAGACAAAGCGGCAAAAUGAGCUAGAGGAUCAAAUUCGUAAGAGAAUAGCGAUACGGUUGGAUCUUGAAAAACAACUCGUUGAAAAUAAUUGUCAGCGUGAGUUGCAGGCAGAAGAAGAGAAACGUUUCCAGGAGCAACAAAUACAGAUGUGGGUGGAACGAGAUCGUAUCGAUAUGAUGUCGAAUGAAAAACGUCGUCGAAAGAUGAUGGAAUAUAGACGUAAUGUACAGGAAUUGCUGGAAGAUAGAAGGAAAAGACGUAUGGAAGACGUAAAGAGUUUGAUGGAACAGGAAGAACGGCAGAAGCAGGAAGAACGUCGUAAGCAAGAAAUACUCGAAGAAGAAAGGAUAAAGCUAUUGAAGGAACAUGCAACGGCACUGUUAGGAUUUUUUCCCCCAGGCGUAUUACGCGAAACAGACCGCGAAUUUAUUCCACUGCCGAAGAUGAACAAUACCACAAAAUAA